AUGCCCCAGACAUUCAAUGAGAACCUUCCAGGUUAUUCGGAGAGCGUCCCUCUGGGCCACACAGCAAGCUCCUCUUCUCAGCCUCCGGCUAGUCAACCAAAUGCACCCGCCAUCGAAGGUACCUAUGCUGGUGGGAGGACACGCCAUCACCACCGCAACCAAGCCCGGCAAACGCCAGUUUCAGCAUCGCCCGUCGAUGGUAAAUCCUUUCACACUCGGAUUCGCUCAGAUAUUGACUCUGACGAUGAAUCCGAUGAAGAGCUCUUCCCAGGGAGGAACUUGCAGCAAGGCAGGUGGCAGACAAUUUUAUAUUUUGACCUCGAUAUAGGAGGUGAGCGUCUGCUUCAUGUGGGCCGAGCGAUGUAUAACCCCCGAAAGGAAGACUUUGUACGGUCUAAUCCGGGUCGCACGAGGCCACGCAUCCCACGCGGGGUUUUCUGCCUGGAAGACACUCCCGAGUAUCAGCUGUAUCGCUACUACCUAGGGCCAGCAUCGAUUUACUUUCUGGCAAAUGGGCUGGACGUCCAUCCCGAGGUGAUUGAGUACUGGUCUGACUGUUUUGGUGUACUUGAAGACGAGGAUGGAUGUUUAUGGAUGGAUUGCGAGCUUCUACACUCGACUGCGGUGCGUGCCAUCAAGCAAUUAUGGCAUGCGUACAUGGCUUCUUAA